AUGGCAGAAUUCAUCCGCGCCCAGAUUUUCGGCACUACUUUCGAGAUCACAAGCAGGUACACAGACUUGCAGCCGGUCGGUAUGGGAGCAUUUGGGCUCGUUUGCUCUGCAAAGGACCAACUUACCGGCCAACCCGUCGCCAUCAAAAAGAUUAUGAAGCCAUUCAGCACACCGGUUCUCUCGAAACGAACAUACAGAGAAUUGAAGCUACUCAAGCAUCUGAAGCAUGAAAAUGUUAUCAGUCUUAGCGAUAUCUUCAUUUCGCCACUCGAAGACAUCUACUUUGUCACAGAGCUCCUCGGUACGGAUCUUCACAGGCUAUUGACAUCCAGACCGCUCGAGAAGCAAUUCAUUCAAUAUUUCCUUUAUCAAAUUCUAAGAGGUUUGAAAUAUGUCCACUCGGCCGGUGUCAUCCAUCGUGACUUGAAACCAAGUAACAUCUUGGUAAAUGAAAACUGCGACUUGAAGAUUUGCGAUUUUGGACUUGCUCGAAUCCAGGAUCCGCAGAUGACCGGAUAUGUCUCCACAAGAUACUACCGUGCUCCGGAGAUCAUGUUGACCUGGCAGAAGUACGAUGUCGAGGUCGAUAUCUGGAGUGCAGGUUGUAUCUUCGCGGAGAUGUUGGAGGGAAAGCCACUCUUCCCCGGAAAGGACCACGUCAACCAGUUUUCAAUCAUCACAGAGCUACUAGGAAGCCCGCCAGAGGACGUUAUCCAUACUAUUUGUAGCGAGAAUACACUGCGAUUCGUCCAGUCGUUACCCAAACGUGAACGUAUCCCACUUUCUCAAAAGUUCAAGAACGCUGAUCCAGCUGCGGUCGAUCUGCUCGAACGAAUGCUUGUCUUCGAUCCCAAGAAGAGAAUCUCAGCCGCACAAGCUCUAGCACAUGAAUACCUUGCUCCGUACCACGAUCCCUCAGAUGAGCCCGUAGCGGCUGAGAAGUUCGAUUGGUCUUUUAAUGACGCCGACCUCCCAGUUGACACAUGGAAGAUCAUGAUGUACAGCGAGAUUCUCGAUUAUCAUAACGUCGACCAAAACGAUACGCCACUCUAG